CUUAGUGGUAUAAAUUAACGUGAGGAGGUUCACCUCAUCUCUCACAUUUAUCAUCCGGUGAUGGCUAGUACUAGUACGUUGGACGAUGUAAGGUCACUGCUCAUAAACUCUGGUAACAUCGCCAAACUGAACAGAUUUGGUUCAACAAGCGUGCUCACUCCUGUAGACGAAGUAAUAAGUGGAUUGAGCUCAGCAUUUCAGUUGUGGUACUCGUCUGAAGUUUCGACAUGUAACAAGGAUCAUGCUGACUGCAGACAUCCAUCCUUUGCUGAUACAAUUGAGGCUUCUGAGCGAGACGAAUUGGUUGUAACGGUCAAACUAUUUCCGUCAGAUUUCGACCCCGAGAAAUUGGAAGAAGCCGUCACAACAGCUCUUAAAGAACUCAAUGUAGGUCACGUUGACAACAUCAUUCUCUCUUUUCCUUUUCACUCAAAGGCGGGGUCAUCUCAGGAGUCAAUGAAAGCACUGUGGAAGAGACUGGAAAACUUGCAAAAACGAAGCCUUGUCACUAACCUUGGUGUGUCUGAUCUUGACAAACCAGAACUGGAAGUACUAUACCAAGCAGCAGAGGUGAAACCGUAUCUCAAUCAGAUCAACAUGGCAUCAUGCUGUGUUCUUCCAAAGGAUCUCGUAUCUUACGCCAAGGAUAAGGACAUCAAGCUUGUUAUUACGGGUGAUCCAAGAGCUUUGGUGACACAACAAACACUUGGUGAAAUUCUAUCAAUUGAAAGUGUGGAUUCAGGAUGUUGGAAUCCACUUUGGACUAUUAGAUACAGAAGUGUAACAAAGUACACAGGAGUCAUCAGACACCAUGGAUACCUUGUGAAAUGUGCCAGGGAAUGCUGAGCAGGAAUGUUGCCAUGGUAGGGGUUUGCUGCUGUUGCACAUCGUCUUGGCUGAUUUGCAUCUAGAUGUACAUUAACUGAUUUUUCAACUAGUGAUGAGCACAGAAAUUGGAUAUACAUAGGAACUGGGUGUUCAUUUUAUUAUCACAUCCACCCCUGUAUACUAGCCAUGAGAAGCCAGUAACAAUACAUCUUACGCGUGUCGCUUA